AUCAAAGUCAACCCACAGAAAUGAAACUGUUCCUCUGAGAAGUAUCUGAUGAAGUGCUGAAAGAGCAGUUUAGAUCUCUGGAGUGUCGCGUUUGGGCUUGUUAAACAUCCAGCCACAACAACAACAACAACAACAACAUGUUUGGUAAAAAGAAGAAAGCUCCGCAGCCCAGAGGCCAAGGCGCCGCUGCAGCCAAGCAGAUGGGUCUGUUUGUAGAUCUGGACGCUGAAGAGAUGAUGGGUAUGGAGGGGAAUCUGGACGACCCGGAUUUAGAGGCUGAACUGGCUGCUAUCACUGGGAAUAAAGCUGCUGCUGGAGGGAGAGCCAAGCAGAAGGGGAAAAAUCCGCUGCCCAUGGAAGACAUCGCAAAAAUGGCUGACGAUUGUAUGCGAGAUGUCGAUGACGAUGAAGAUGACAGUAACUUGGAGGACGAUGAAGAUUUAUUGGCAGAGCUACAGGAAGUGGUGGGUGAGGAGGAAGCUGAGAAUGAUGUUUCCUCCCCAUCUUCUGCCACUGCUGAAUCUCCUCAAGCUGAAACACCAGAGUCCACAUUGAAACAGCAGCAGGAAGUAAAGGUCUCCUCGGCGGCCCCCGGCAGCCUCCAGCACACCCUGGAGGAGAGAGUCGUCAUGUACAAGACAGCUUUACAAAACGCUAAAGCUGGAGGGGAGACCUCCAAAGCCAGGAGAUUCGAUCGUGGUCUGAAGACUCUGCAGUCGAUGGUCGCUGCUGUAAAAAAAGGGAGACCCGUGAACGAGGCAGAGAUCCCUCCUCCUGUCGCCACUGGAGCCCCGAGUGCCGCCUCUAAUCCUGCUGCUCCCCAUCGACCCCCUCCCCCCGUACCCUCGCCUCCUGAACCCUCUCCUUCUGAUCAGGAGGCGGGGUCGGAGGCCACGACGCCACCUCCUGCUGUUCCGGAGAUCAUCACCCCCAGCAGUGAAGAGAAGCCCUCCGCCUCCCUGCCUCUGAGCACCGUCCCAUCUCCAGAGGAGCCUGCAGACAGAGCUCAGACCGGUCUCACUGAUGCGAACGAGGCAACCAGGACGCUGCUUUUGGAGAGACAGAAAGAAUACAAGAUGGCAGCUCUGAGAGCCAAGAAGCAGGGGGAUGUGGAGCAAGCAAGACUGCACCUCAAGACCGGCAAGAGGUUCGAUGUGAUGAUCGAGGCGUUGGAGAAAGGACAAGCAGUCGACCUCAGUGAGCUCCCCCCAUCUCCAGAUCAGGCUGCAGGAGGAGUUUCUGCUCCCGGGAAGAAAGCUUCCUGCGGGCCAAACAUAGAAGCCACCCAACCAGUUACCUCUGCUCCAGCCGCUGCCGCUGCCCCCCCAUCGGCUCCCAAAGACGUGCUGGAGGCUCUGGAGCAGAGACGAGCCAAGUACGUGGAGGCGUCCAGUCAAGCCAAAGCUGCUGGAGACGACCGCAAAGCCCGAAUGCACGACCGUAUCGCUAAGCAAUAUCAGAGUGCCAUCCGAACUCACAAGGCAGGAAAACCGGUGAACUUUGAGGAGCUGCCGGUUCCCCCAGGUUUUCCUCCGAUCCCGGGCCAGAAGCCAGCGGGAGCGGAUCAGGGAUUAAUUGCUGCUCUGGAGGCAGCCGAUAAAAUAGCCUCCACUGAUGCGACUGAAAUAGCUGAUGAAGAAGAAGACGGGGAGAAGGAAGAGGAGACUAAGCCUGCAGCGCAGCCGAAGAAGCUGAUGUUAGACGUCCCCGCCGCAGCGCAGGAACGGAAGAGGACUUCCUCUACUUCACCUGAAGGAACAGCCGUCAGGGAGGGACUCUCAGCUACAGUGGAGUUCCUGGAGGGCAGGAAGAAGCAGUACAUGAAGGCGGCUCUGCAGGCCAAGCAGAAGAGCGACAUGGAGCAGGCCAAGAUCCUCCUGCGCACCGCCAAGGGCUUCGACCCGCUGAUCGAGGCGGCUCGCAGCGGCAGGACGGUGGACAUCAGCACGGUGCCGUCGCCCCCCGGUGAUGAAGACGAUGACUUCAUCCUAGUUCAUCACAGCGACGUGCAGAUCUCAGAGAAAGCCGAGCAGCUCUACACACAGCUGGCCAAGAUCCUCAAAGAGCAGUACGAGAAAUGUAUGACUCACUCCAAGCAGUUCACACACCUGGGGAACGUCACCGAAACAACAAAGUUUGAGAAGAUGGCGGAGAGCUGUAAGAAGAGUCUGGAGGUGCUGAAGCUCGCUCAGUCCAAAGGUCUGCCUCCUCCCAAACAUCACUUUGAGGAGAGAUCCUUUCACACGGUCAGGAUAUUUCCAGACCUGAGCAGCACUGACAUGGUUGUUGUGAUCGUCAAAGGGAUGAAUCUUCCUGCUCCUAGUGGAAUCCAGCCCAACGACCUGGACGCCUACAUUAAGUUUGACUUCCCGUACCCGAGCGCGGAGCAGCCGCAGAAACACAGAACAGCCGUCAUCAAGAACACUAACUCUCCAGAAUACAAGCAGAGCUUCACGCUGUCGAUAAACAGGAACCACCGCGGCUUCAGGAGGCUGGUGACGACCAAAGGCCUCAAACUGGAGCUGCUGCACAAAGGAGGUUUCUUACGGAGCGACAAGCCGAUCGGGGCGGCUCUGCUAAAGCUGGAAAAACUGGAGACUCAGAGUGAAAUCAGGGAGAUCGUAGAGGUGAUGGACGGCCGUAAGCCGACAGGAGGGCGAGUUGAGGUGAAGGUCCGGCUGCGGGAGCCUCUGAGCGGACAGGACAUGCAGUCGAGCACAGAGCGCUGGCUGGUGAUCGACUCGUCACAGGUUCUCGUUUAGAUGCUGCUGCAAGAUCAGGAAUGAUUCACAAGAUGAAGAUUAAAGGAACUCAAUCAAAAACACUCGGAGGAGGACAGAGUUUGUGAUGUGAUGAAGACGGUCUGCUGUUCAGAGUCGACUCGGAGCAACACGGGUCUCUGACUUUAUACAACUUUUGCACCUUUUGCGAGACACGAGCGGGAGUAACAUGGAGACGGUUUACGGUAGGUCAGCUGGUCUUCAGUCUGACGCCUGCUGAUGGACCAAAAGUACUUGUUGUUUUCCUGCUUUGUGUCGUUGCUGCUGAAUCACACGAGCUUGUGAUGCAUCAGGGGAGACUUGCAGGAAUCCUUUUCAGAUUCCAGAAGAGUCUCCUGUGUGUCGUCUGCUGAGGGGCUCGGUGUGAAGCUAACAUGAUCCUGCUGCCCGACAUGUUACUAUAAUAUAUGGAAGAAUGUGUAUAUAUUCCUCAUAUUAUUACAGCUCUGGUAUAGAGAACUGCAACUAUGCACUAAUACCAAAGUAAUCACUGUUGCUGUCGAAUCCUGCAUAUCUGAAAUCUGCUCUUUCGCUGCCAAACCUUACAGAAACAGCGGAGUGUGAAGGAGGGAUUCUUAGUGGGUUUUAUGAGGUACAUGCACACAGUGGGUGGCGAAUGGUUUGCCCCAAAUUUGGAGAAACUGACAGUGGAGAGGGGAGCAGCGACACACGUUUAAUCCGCCCUAAAAUAGUCAAUUUAAGGUUAAAUGCAUGCUUGACAAUUGGCUUCAGUCACCCGUCGUAGAGGGGGUGAAAUAUUCUAAUCAUGGUGUACUCUUUAACAGUUUUUUCCUUAAGUUAAGCUUGAAAACUUCUCUUACACACACACACACACACACACACAUUGCAAUGCUUCUGUGCCAUCCGCCAUCUACUGUAGGCAUCAUUAAUUAUUAUUUCAUACCCAUUUAAAACCCGAACUGGGACUCUUUUUAUCAUUUCCUCCCACACAAUUGAUCUUGUCUUCAGCUUCAGAACCCUGGCAGAUGCAGCGUCUCUCAUCUAUGUUUUAAAGGAGCAAGCCAAGGUACGAUUUAUUUAACUAUUAUAAAGAGCACACUCCCUCUUUGGCACCGUCUGUGUUCUGUCACUGCGGUCACUAAACUGCACACUAACUUCUCCGCGGCUUUAGGUGCGUUAGAUUGAUAUUUGUCUUGUUUACACUCACUAGUACAAACUGAGCUGAUCUUUAAUCAUAUAGGAAGCUAAUUAUCCGAGGCAGACAUCCAUUACAGCACAUCAUCUUUUAGUAAACGUGAUUGGGUGAUCUUAUUCUCAACAUUUCAGUUGGAUUCAUUGUUUGACGUUUUGGGAAAUAUGCUUGCGUGAGUGGGAUUACUCUCAUCAAAAUGUCCCACUAUUAAUUUAAAAGGUGAGGCACAACUUUACCAACUAUGCAUCUCCAUUAUUUUAAAAGGCCAGUUCACUUACAGGGAGGAUUCCUAUCUUCUUAAUCUUCCUACUUUGCUUUGCAUCCAUAAACACAUGAAGGUUGACUUUGUUCUGCUCAAACAACGCAACGAAAAAACAUCUAAAUAAUGUUCAAGGACAAUAAGGAAUUUACAAUCUCAGCUUUAUGGACAAAAAGCCCCUCAAAAAUGACAACCACAGGAUUAAACUUGGUUAAGCGUACUUUUUCCGUUAGCUAACAUGUCUUUCAUAACAAAAUAAUGAAGUAAUUUUAUUGGAGCACUUGUUACCGGGUGGAUUAAUGAAGAAUAACCAGAAGAUAGUUUUUGGAAAGACAUGGAGCUGUUAGAGGAAGGAGAAAUCUAUGUUUUUGGUCAUGAUGUGAGUGAACUGACCCUUUAAAUGUUCAAUCAAUGCGACACAAGAAGCCAUACCGACUCACUGAGCCAAGUGCAUAAACACUUAGCAACAGAUUUACCUCUGCGACAUUACUCCGUUGCCUAACGUUACUGUGGUCGCCACAUUACUGUUUCUCCUUCUUAGGAAAACUUCAGAGCAAUUUUAGGUUUAUUGUAAACAUGGGCGGAAAUAUUUAAAACACUUUAAACAUCUUUUUAAUUUCUGGUAAAACAUUAUGCGUGUUUCUAAAGAAAGAUGAUGUCAUGUUGAUUAUAUUUACUUAAUCUAAAACAGAAUUUAGGCUAUAUUUUGUUUCAAAUUGUUGAUUGAAUUUGCCUAUCCUGCUUCAAAAUGUACCAAUUAAAAAAAUCUUGUUUUAA